AUGAGAUUAACGUCACAAGUGCUAUCUGAUGCACCGACAAUAAUAAACCCCGAGAAACAAGUAACGCUUCUGCUCAGAAGCUUGAAAAUUCCUUAUCUUGAAAAUUUAGGUAUUACAAAGGAUACGUAUGAAGUAAUAGACUUAACCGAUAAUGAAUUGAUUGAACUAUCCAACUUUCCUAGACUUAAGCACUUGAAGGUGUUAUUGGUCGGAAACAAUAAUAUCACUAGUAUUAGCGAUGAUAAAUUGUCAAUGAACAUACCUCAUCUACAAACAAUAUCUUUGAUAAACAACAAUAUAAGCAAGUUUCUGGAUAUUCGCAUGUUGUCCAAUUUCAAGAACUUAUCUGAUAUAACACUUAUUGGAAAUCCUAUAGCAGAUUUCCCUAAUUAUAAGUAUUUUAUGAUUUGGUUAAUUCCAACGUUGAAGGUAUUGGAUUUUUCCAAAGUUAAACAGAAGGAUUUAAUAAAAGCAAGAGAAUUAUUCGGCGAAA